AUGGAUAAGAUGCUGGUCUGGUUUGUGUUUCUCUGUCUCUUUGGCUAUAGUGACAGUGGAGGGCUCCACCUUCAAGGAGAUUAUAUCAUCUCUGGCUGGUUCCCUCUCCAUAAUUCAGAUUCCACCAUCCCACCGACACCUUACCUGACUGACUGCACUCAAGGCUUGACCAAUAAGCAUGGCUAUCAUCUGGUGCAGGCCUUCAGAUAUGCAGUGGACGAAAUUAACAACAGCACCCAGAAUAAGCAACUCCUUCCAGGGGUUACGCUGGGCUACCAGACAUAUGACCUAUGCUCCCUCCCAGCCAGCAAUCUGGCCACCCUGGAUCUGCUGGCCCAGCAGGAUGACAGUUCAGUUGUGGACAGCCGUGCUGUGGCCAUCAUCGGUCCUGACAGCAGUUCUUACUCUUUCACACCAGCCGCUGCUCUUGGUGCAUUCCUGGUCCCUCAGAUCUCCUACGAGGCAUCAAAUGAAUUGCUGAGCAACAAGAUCCUCUAUCCAGCUUUCUUCCGCACCAUUCCCAGUGACAAAAACCAAGUCAGUGCAAUGAUACAAAUCCUCGUUAGAUUUAACUGGACCUGGAUUGCUCUUCUCGGUAGUGACAAUUCAUACGGUAUACAGGGAAUGCAAGGCUUAUCCCAGCAAGCGUCGCUUUACAAUUUAUGUAUUGCAUACCAAGCCGUGAUACCCGCUGUAACUGACAAGACGAAGCAAUACAUGCAAGACAUGGUGAAAAACAUCCUCAAAACCAAAGUCAACACUAUAGUUGUCUUUGCCAAUAAGAGGCGGGCCGCUGGCUUCUUUCCUUUUGUUAUUGACCAAAACGUGACAGGAAAAGUGUGGAUUGGGACCGAGGAUUGGUCAGUGGCGUCAACAGUGAGUAGUAUCCCAGGGAUCAGUACGAUAGGGACUGUCCUCGGUGUCGCAGUCCAAUAUACUGAAUUCAGUGGUUUUGAAGAUUUUGAAAGGCUUUCUGUGCCCAGGCUUAAAGCAAUUGGUCUAAACAGCCCAUUCAAGCACAGUGUCCCAUGUAUGCAAAAUACAAAGCUUUAUGAAAUAGCGAUUCAAGGCUUUUCUAUGUCGCAGUAUGACGUUGUUUCCUCCUUUAACGUGUACAAGGCCGUGUACGCAGUGGCUUAUGCGCUGCACAACAUCCUGCAUUGUGACUCUGGACUGUGUCAGAAAUAUAACGUGCAGCCAUGGGAGGUGUUUCAUCAGCUAAAACUAGUUCAGUUUUCAAUUCGAAAUACGUCAUUUUAUUUUGAUAAGAAUGGAGACCCUCCUACAGGUUAUGAUAUAGUGACAUGGGUAUGGACGGAUGGCCAGUGGUCACUUAAGGUGGUGGGAAAUUACACUCCAGGUCCAACUGAACUUCAGUUAGAUGCCUCUCAGAUUAAAUGGACAGGUCAAGUGUCUCCUGUAACCAAGGUUCCUGAGUCACUAUGUUCUCCAGAGUGUCCUUACGGACACAGAAAGCUCAUGACCGGACAGCAUAAGUGUUGCUUUGACUGCAUGGCAUGCCCUGCUGCCACCUUCCUAAACAAAACAGGUUACACUUUCUGCGAAGCGUGUGCCAGAGACUACUGGUCUGAAGCAGAGAGUGAGACAUGUAAGAAGAGAGCAGAGCUGUACCUGCCGUGGGGCGCUCCGCUCACUACAGCCCUGCUCAUAUACCUGGGGGUGACCCUGUUUCUCACCCUUGGCACGGCUGUCAUCUUCCUGUUCAACCUCAAUACCCCUGUGGUGAAGUCGGCCGGAGGGAAGACCUGUCUGCUGAUGCUGGCGUCUCUGACCGUGGCCUCCUGCAGCACGCUGUGCCAUUUCAGCAGACCCUCCCACAUCGGCUGCCUCCUCAAACAGCCCCUCUUCAUUAUCAGCUUCACCGUCUGCCUGGCGUGUGUGACUGUGCGCUCUUUUCAGGUGGUUUGUAUAUUUAAAUGGUCCUCCAAACUGCCAAGAUUCUAUGAGACCUGGGCUAAGAAUCGAGGCCCUGAGAUGUUCAUCUUCAUCACGACAGUGGUGGAGGCCUUCAUCUCUCUUCUUCGCAUGCUCCUCGACCCUCCCUUUCCAUCUCGGGACUAUGACUUCUACAGUGACAGCAUUAUUCUGGAGUGCAGUAAGACUCUGUCUCUCGGGGCCUUCGCCGAGCUCAUUUUUGUGUGUGCGUUGAGCUUAUUUUGUUUCUGCCUGAGCUACAUGGGAAAAGAUCUGCCGGCCAAUUAUAAUGAGGCCAAAUGCAUUACAUUUAGUCUCAUGAUAUAUAUGAUUUCUUGGAUCACGUUCUUCACAGCUUACUGCAUUUCCAGAGGGAGCUUUGCCAUGGCCCUAAACAUAGGUGCCAUCCUGUUUAGUGUGCUAGGGAUACUCGGCGGCUACUUUUUGCCAAAGGUGUACAUAAUGUUGAUAAAGCCCCAGUUGAAUACAACAGCUCACUUCCAAAACUGCAUUCAAAUGUACACCAUGUCCAAGCAGUGACAGCAAAUAAGACUUUCUACUAUGUCUCUCAACAAUAAGAUAAUCCAGUAGAGCCUAUUAACAAUACAGAGCAACAUAAUCCCAGUUUCAGUCUUUUAGAAGCAGCCGAUACUCUAAUUGUCUCUGGACUGUGAAUGCUUGGCAUAUGCGUAGCAAGUGGGCAGAAUGACAGAGAAAGCCUAAUUGUGUUGGCUACCGAAAGGGCAGAGCACCCGGUUCAACUGGCCUGCGUGAACAUCUGUCAUGAGCUCCGCUCUCAUGGGUGCCCAGUUUCACUCUAAACAAUUCGGAGAACCGAUUUAAUUGGGCAGCUGAUUUAAAUCAUGAUCUUGGUCUUGCAGAUACAAGGACAGAUGGUUUUACUUGUCCUGUUUGUCUUUAGUAAGUCUUUAAAGGAAUAGUUCACCCAAAAAUGAAAAUUUGUUGAAAAACUUAUUCACCCUCAGGUUAUUCAAGAUGCAGAUGAAUUUGUUUCUUCAUCGGAACAGAUUUGGCAAAAUUUAGCAUUGCAUCAUUUUCUCACCAACGGAUCCUCUGCAGUGAAUGGGUGCCGUCAGAAUGAGAGUCCAAACAGUUGAUAAAAACAUCACAAUAAUCCACAUGACCCAAGUCUAUCAAUAAAUGCGAAAAGCUGCGAGUUUGUAAUAAACAAAUCCAUUAUUUCAGCACUUCUAACCAAAAUAAUACGUCCAUAAUCCAUAAUAAUACUUGUUUCAGUGUUGUCCUCUCAUAUCAAAAUAAAUUUGUUUUGGCCUGUAAACAGUGCUUGAUCUGUGCAUAUUAUCUGUUCCAGUGAAGAAACAAACUCAUCUACAUCUUGGAUGGCUUGAGGAUGACUAAGUUUGCAGAAAACUUACAUUUUUGAGUGAAAUUUUCCUUUAAUAUUCCUUUAGGAAUCUGGCCCUUCAGCCAAUUAGAAAAAUGGGAUUUAAUUUCUGUAUCAAAAUUAUGCUGAAUAUAGGUUGUGCAUGUUUUCGAAUGCACUUUGUUUUUACAAAAACAGGUUUGGUAAAAUACAAAAGAUGAAAAUAAAAUAUUUUUGAUGAACUGUGAUUCAAAUGUUAAUUUUUGGGUGAAAUAUUCAGCAUUUGAGCUUUAAUGGAGGAACAUCUGAAAAAUUUCAUUUGAUUAUUGACUUGGAAAUAGUGUAGAAUUUAAAUAUUCCUGCUUCUUUGUUUUACUUUUUUCUUUUUUAAAUCCUAAAGCUUUCUUUUUAUUAGCAGAUUUAAAUCCAAUUUUAAAUCCUGAAUUUUCCAUAUAGACUUUUGGACUCCACUUGUUGCUUGUCUAAUUGUUUAGUGACACACACAAACUUGCAUCAGCCCCUGGGAAAAGAUAGGAUGAAAGGCUUGCUGUUGUUAGGGAGGUCAUCUCCAUUGACUCCGGAACGUGUGAGUUGGGAGCACGGAAGUGUUUCCCACACUACUUUCCUAUUGUGAGUGUGAUAUUCUCAGGAGGGGAGAACAAUAGAAGUGUGCCUGUAGAGGGGAGGCUGCGUAAUUGUAUUUACUUGACGUUACCCAUCUGUGCUGGUAGAAACCUUAUAUAGACAUAGUCUAGAUUCAUUUGA